CCCUCUUAUUAACAUAUUACAUUUUCCCCAUAUUUGUUCUUAUCCAUUUAAGAUCCCAGAAGGCCACGGAGAGCUCUGCAUGGGAUGGAGAGUAAGGUGUGCGUGACUGGUGCUACCGGCUACCUAGGUUCUUCACUUGUCAAGAGGCUCCUGGAAAAGGGACACAUCGUUCACGCAACUACGAGGAAUUUGGGAGAUGCUUAUAAGGUAGGGCUUCUUAAAAGCCUCCCAAAUGCAGAAACCAGGUUAAGAUUGUAUGAAGCUGAUAUAUACAAUCCCAGUGAGUUUCGAGCAGCAAUUGAAGGUUGUCAAUUUGUAGUUCAUAUGGCCACCCCAUUACAGCACCUGCCCCAGAAUUCUCAGUUCAAAGAUACAACAGAGGCAGCAGUUGCAGGGGUGGAGAGUAUUGUGGAGUGUUGCAUUACAUCAGGGACUGUGAAGCGACUCAUUUACACUGCUUCUGUGGUAGCCUCAUCACCUUUAAAAGAAGAUGGCGAAGGCUUCAAAGACCAGUUGGACGAAUCUUGUUGGACUUCCCAUGGAGUUGCUUUCGCCUUCAGCACCGACCAUUUAAUGGCAUAUGCAAGCUCGAAAACAGCUUCGGAGAAAGAACUGCUAAGGUACAACGGUGCGAUAGAAAUAGUGAGCCUGGCUCUUGGACUUGUGGGUGGAGGAACGCUUCUCUCCACCAUGCCUGGAAGCGUGAAUUCUCAAGUCACAAAUAACAAAGCAGUAUACAACACCCUAAGGUUUUUGGAGGAACUGUUGGGGAAAGUUCCCAUUUUGCACGUUGAAGAUGUCUGCGACGCUCAUAUUUUUUGCCUCGAGAAGCCAUCUAUCAAUGGCAGAUUCCUUUGCGCUACCGCAUAUUUGAGCUCUGCUGAGAUUGCGAGUCACUAUCGAAUGAUAUUUCCUGAUAUCCAGAUACCAGAUGAGUUUGUGGAGAAGCUGGAUAGAAAAAUAGUGUGGGGUUCAACUAAGCUGAAAGAUGCUGGAUUUUAGUUCAAAUGUGAUGUCAAAACAAUCCUUGAAGAUAGUAUCAACUUGGGUCUCAAGUUAGGGCAACUUGAACUUCCAAAUUUAUGUAUUGAACAAUUCAAUGAAAUGCUGUAAAAACUAAAACUGUUGUUUAGUUAGGCUACUUCAUAUAUUUGAAUUACAGACAGAGUUCAAAAA